GCUUUGAAGAGGCUGCAUUACGUGUCAAUCCACCCAGGGUUGUUUUUGACAACCAUUCUGAUCCAGUCUCGACUCUUGUCAAAGUGGAUAGCGCAAAUAAGCAAGGCUGCCUUCUUCAAGUCGUGCAGCUUCUAACUGACCUUGAUCUCGUGAUCUCCAAAGCUUACAUUUCCUCAGAUGGCGGCUGGUUUGUGGAUGUGUUUCACGUUGUGGAUCAAUUGGGUCAAAAAGUAACUGACAAAAGCCUCAUUCGCUUUAUUGAAAAGGCACUGGGUGCUUCGAAAGAACAUCCUGUUCCCGAUGCAAAAACCUGCCUAGGAAAGCCUGUCGCUGAUGCAAUAGACUUCGAGCAUUCCGUCAUAGAGCUCACGGGAUAUGACCGCCCAGGGAUUCUCUACGAGGUGUCGGAGGUGUUGACGAAGCUGGGAUGCAACGUGGUGGGAGCAGAAGUUUGGACACACAAUAACCGCGUAGCUUUUAUCCUACACGUCACUGAGGCUAGUAACGGAGGACCUGUUAGUGACGCUGCUGUCUUGGCUGAAAUGCGUGAGAGACUCUGCUCUGUGAUGGAGUCAAAUAGCAUCAGGAUUGAAUCUCGGAGCAGCUUUUUUGUUGGGGAGGCUCAAACUGAUCGGAGGCUCCAUCAGCUACUAUUCGCGGAUAGAGACUAUGAAACGAUGGGCCUCAAUGCUUUCCCUGCAGGUGUGGUUGAGGAAAAAGUGCGGCCCAGCGUUUCUGUGGCGAACUCUCCAGAGUCUCAGUACACAAUCAUCAAAUUGACCUGUGUGGAUCGACGGAAGCUUCUGUUUGACACGGUCUGCACACUGACAGACAUGCAGUACAUUAUUCACCAUGCUACGAUCGAGUCUGAGAAUGACAUCGCACAUCAGGAGUACUACGUCAGAACCAUGGAUGGGUCCAUGCUGGACACUGAGGCUGAGAGGGAGCGAGUUGGCAAAUGUCUUGAAGCAGCUAUUCUGCGGCGCAGCCCAAGG